CCGGGCACCUCCCUGUGUGCGCUGCCCGAGCCCAGCACCAUGGAGCCGAGCACCAUGGACGCCAUAUAUGCGCGCAUCCAAGCAGCUGCUGCCGCCCAGCGCUCCCUCGCCCCCGCUCGCUCGCCCCGCACUGGCGCUUCUGCAGGCGCCGUGAGUCGCAGCUUCUCGCGCAGUAGGGAGCCUCCCCCCUUGGACGUGCCGACCACGCCGCUGUCGUCCUCGGCUCGGCGCACUGGCGGGGGCCUGACUCGGCAGAAGUCAGGCGGGCUGGCGCUGCUGCAGCGCCAGGGCACGGGGCUGGCCCGCCAGGGCACGGGGUUGGGGCGGCAGAUGAGCAUGAAGCUGAAGCAGAAGGUGCGCGCCGCCAGCCCGCGGGCGCUGCUGUCGUCGACGGCGCUGAACAUCCUGCUGGCAGAUGACAGCGUGGUGAACCAGAAGGUGGCGGUGCGCUUCCUCAAGAAGAAGGGGAUGGUGGCCGACGCCGUGGGCGACGGCGCUCAGGCCAUCCAGCGACUCUACCCCAAAGACGGCGGCAUCACGCCCUACGACCUGCUGCUGCUGGACGUGCAGAUGCCGGUGAUGGACGGUCUUCAGACAGUGCGAGUCAUCCGCGAGAAGGAAAUGGCAGAGAAGCUGCCCAUCUUCCAGUCAUUGGUGCGCUGCCUGACAGCCCAUGCAGCUGACGUGUACCGCGACCAGUGCAUAUCCGCAGGCAUGGACGGCUUCGUCUCCAAGCCGUUCACUGUGAAUCAGCUGCUGAGCAUGAUGCAGUCGGUGCUUGAAAAAUACUCGUAUAAACGACUCCCACCUGAAGCUAUGGCAUCAUAGUUGAAAUGCAACACGUUUACUGUACCUUUACAAAGAGUAAUUUAUUGCAGCUGAUCAGUCCUGUAUGUAUCAGAGAAACAACAGCUCAUAUGGUGUUUUCAGGAAGUUGAAUGUGCACCCUUGCAUUGUUGGAAACACACUA